CAUCACAGCUAAAUAACUCUACAUCCUCCAUCCCUACCUUCCUUCAUCCAUCCUCUCAUCAAGCAAGAUCGCUACAGGAAGACAAACCCCCCCCCUCCUCCCUCAUCACCGCCCUCUGGACACGAAUCAGGACCGUCGGAAGUUGCCUUAUAUGAACCUUCGCCAAGCUGUUCCAGAGGAUGCGCCCGUGCUCGCCGAGCUGGGCGCCCUCACGUUCACCCACACUUUUGGGCACAUGUACACGCCCAAAGACCUGCAGGAUUUCCUUACGACCACUUACACACUUGAGCAACAUCUCAACCCGUUAACUGAUUCCCGUGAAUCGUUUUGGUUGCUGGAAGACGACAAUUGUCAGGCCCUGGCUUUCGGAUGGGCCGGAGCGUGCAAGCUGCCUGUGCCUAACCUCGAAUCCACCGCUGGCGAGAUCAAACGCCUCUAUGUGCACCCGGACCACCAAGGCAAGAAUCUUGGCAGUCGUAUACUCAAGAAAAUGUUAGCCUGGCUGGAAGAUGAGGGGUUCGGUCCCCUGUAUAUUGGUGUCUGGUCUGAGAACUAUGGCGCACAACGCUUGUAUGCCCGCUAUGGCUUCGAGAAAGUCUGUGAGUAUGAAUUCGCGGUCGGCAACCACCGCGAUCGCGAAUUCAUUUUCAAGCGUGCUUGAUAUUGUAGAAUACGAUCAAAAAUAACAAACCAAAUAUCCAAAUAUAAAACAGAAGGUCCUUGCUUCCGAUGACCUCAAGAUCAUAUUCUACAGCUCGCAGACCGCAAAGAUCAACGACGCGAUCGAGAACAUCUUUAACGGAUGAAACGACAACAUCUUCAACAGCAAGGAGGCAAAGGGUGGAGGAGUGUAAGACUUGUGGGUGAAGGAGAGACUAACGAGGGUGGAAACGAAGGGAGGCGAGUGAACAAGGUGAGUGAACAAAGACGAAUGGAUGAAGAUAAUUGUUUAUUGACUAGACUGCUGUGAGUAUAUGAACUGGGGGCUCUACUACAU